AAUGCUUAUACCAAAUGUCAGUUAUAAUGUUUUAUCAUUUGUUUAUUCACGUUUAAAACACACGUAAAAAUAGCGGCAUUUUAUAAAACCACUUAACUUCCACUGCCAGCACCCAUUAUAAUGAACGCAUACACUUCACACGUGAUUUAAGUGCAAAAUAAAAACAAUUCAUUGCAUUAUCGCUGAGUUUGCCAUCGGAUUCACCACAAGAAGUCUGUCGCCAUAAGACACGCCACCGCUCAACACAUCCCCAGUGACACCACUCGCAGACAUCGGCGACAGACAAUGGCAUCGCAUAGCGUCUUAACCGAGAUGUUGAUGGAAAUGGGUUUCGACGACAAGAAAAUCGUCAAGACGUUGAAGAGAUUGGGCGAUAAGGCGACCAUCGAGUCAGCCAUCGAGGCGUUAGAGUUGAGCCAAAACAGCGAUGACCUGAGCGAUGGUGAAGACAAUGCCGGCGCCGCCGAUGACAAGCCAAAGGGUGAUGACAACGGCGCCGCCACUGACUCGCAAACGGGUGAUCCCAUUGAGACCGAGAAGGAGAGGGAACUGAAGCGACAAUUAUAUGAAGAGAAGAUCAAACAGAGGCGUAUAGAACGGGAAGAGAAGGAGAAGGAGGAGGAACUGAAGCGAGAGAUCAAACGCCGCGAAGAGGGGAAAGGGAUGGGAAAGAUGAAGGAAGAGUUGGAACAAAUGCAACGCAUGAAAGUCGCUGAAGACAUGCGCCGGGAGAAGGCGUCCGACAAAGCGGCCAAAGACGCCAUUCUUCGCCAGAUUGCGGCAGAUCGCGAGGAACACCGGCGCCGCAACUCCGGACAGUCGGCACCGGCAGCCGUCACCCCUACGUCAAUACCGGCGCCCGUGUCGGUGACUACCGCUGACGGCAAGUGCCGGCUGGCCAUCCGUUUGCUCGACGGCCGACAACUGGUCAACGAGUUUGACAGCAGGGAGUCGUUGUCGGCGGUGAGGGUGUAUGUGAUCACCCAGUGCUCAGUGGACGGCGACAUCUCGUUCGUGAUGCCACCCCUCCCGGCCUUCUCCGAGGAGGACAUGCAGAAGCCGCUCAACGUGUUAGGCCUGUGCCCGUCGGCCAGGGUUCACGUUAUUAAACGUUAACGAGAGUUGCGAUUUUAGGCUACCAUUCCCCUCCUCUCUGUUUUGAUACCCUUUCCCUCCCUAUCUCUCUACUGUUGUUGAAAAUUGUGUCCCAUUUUCAUCGUAUGCUUUCAUAUGUUUUUUAUUUGUAUUACCCUUUGGCCACAGAGUCCUCACAUUUUUG